AUGUCUUUGGAAGAGCAACAAAAGCAAGUGAGCGCGAGCAGAUUCCCUAGAAAUUGGGUGUAUUUGAAGAGCAGUGAAAAAUCAUCAGAUGAAAUAAAGCAACAAGUGGAAAAGUUGGUGGGGCAGAUUCGGACGGACAAAAAUGUGUUGCACGACAUAUUUUACGAAGUUAUGCUGGCAUUGACAGAUGAAGAAUCCGGCCAUAUGUCAAAGGGUGCACUGAUUUCGGUGGUGAACGGAAUUCUCAAGAGUUAUGUAAACAUCAAAGAGAGAGAAAGCGUUUCCAUAGAUCUCAUGAUUAUUCUACAAUCUGUGAAGCCAACCAAGCAGAUGAUCCCAUUUUUCGAGAUGCUCGACAUAGACAAAGAUCUAAAGAUCCAAUAUCUAGAUCCGUUCAUUUUGAAAAACAGCUUUUUCCCCGAGUACAACAAGGCAUACUAUGUUGACGCUAAAACAAACGAUUAUGGUUUGGAAAUGUACUCAUCACUCGGAGAAUCCAGUGAGGGCUAUUCCAGAUUUAUUACAGGGCUGUGCGGGCUAUUUCGUGGCCCCUCAAGUAUUGAUUGGCCGGAUUUUAUGAGCCGGUUGGAGAUCAUCAUUGGUCAUUUUAAAUUAGACACCAACCGAUGCUUUUUAUUGGUUAUUUCGGUACUAGGGCUCAAUUUUGGGCCAAAUCCGGAAACCGUAAAGGCAUUUUUGGAUAACUGCGACUGGUGGGCCAGGGACUCAAGUGUGAACACGUCGAUCUCCACGACGAUCGUCGCAUAUUUGUCCAAUAGGCCCGUUCUUUCAUCGGGGGAGCUUAUUGUGAUUUUUUUGAUGACAGAAAAAAAAUGGCUUGAUUUGGGAGUUGUGCUUUCUGUUCUCGAGCCGAGUGAUUUGGGGGCCGAGGGCGACGCGUCGAUGGACCAGAUAUACGAAAAGCAGAAGCGCGAGAUGAAGGAGCGCGCGUUUCGGGAGACUGCGUCUGCGCUUGCGCUAGCGGCGCCCUUGCUUCCCGAUGAGGAAGACGACGAGCGCGGUGGAUGGGCGCACGAGCGCAAUUUGCAUAGCGCUACAGCGCAUACUGCUACGGCGCACACCCCAACUGUGCACACCCCAAAAACGCCUGCCACAACUGAGCACGCCCCAGCGGCUGAGGAGGAAAUCCCGCAGAUGGCCAAGAUCCGCUUCAUAUCGUACAUUAUAAAGCUGCGUGCGCACAGCGCUAUCGUGUAUGCGCUUGCGCAGUAUCCCUACCUCCCGCAGAUGGACGAGCGCAUUGCGGAUCUCCUCAAUGAGUAUCUGCGCUACAUGCUAACACCACUCUACAGAAAAAUAGUGAAGCACGAGGAUAUUGACGCGGGCAGCACCGAGUUUGCGCAUAGGAUUACAGACAUAGACGGUCUUUUUUCCAUUUCGGACCAACUCCUGCGCCUAAACGGCGCUAAGAUCGCGCGCAGCCCGUUGCUUUUAGCGCAGCUUGGCCGCAUCAUGGAGGGCGCACUUGCGGCCGGCGCCGAGCGCAGCGCAUGGCUGCAAUAUUUCAAAGUGUACCUCUUUCCCGCAAUGAACUGCAAUCUUUCAGAGUGCAUCUGCAACGAAAUCUUUGACAUUUUCUGCCGCCACUUUACGCUCGAGGAAAGAUACAAUGUGUAUGGAGAGUACAUUUCGGUGACAGUCAAAAAAAGCGCCAUUUUGAAAGUGGAUUUCGACAAAGCGGCAAAGCGCGCGCGCAGCUUCAUGAAGCGGCUUUCGGUGGACAAUUUGGCAACUGCGCAAAACGAGCUUGCGCGGAUUAUCAUGGCGAACCCGCUGGCGGCAAUCGGCGCAGUUUUAGACCAGGUUGAAAGCUAUGAAAGUUUGAUUGAGUUGGUUGUCCAAUCAGCAGACGGCCUGCCUAUUUAUGCGUGGGAUGCUUUAACUUUCGAACUUCUCAACAAGCUGUGCUGCGGCAAGAUGGCUGUGCAAACGGAUGGUCUUAAUUACGCGGGAUGGUUUCAGAACUUGGCGCAGUUCACGGGGCGCAUGGCGGAUGCGCACUUCCGGCGCUUUGGGUUGCGCCCGGUCUUGAGUCUCAUUGUUAAGAGCCUGCGCGCAGGUGCGCACGAGUUCGCCGGCGUCUUUGAGCACAUCAUUGCGGAGAUGUCUGGCAUUCGUGCAAUUACCAAUCUUACCGCAAGGCAGGCCAUCAUGAUGAACGCUGGCAAAAGCGUGCGCAAGAUGGUUUACCUGGUGAUCGGCGAUAAGCGCCUUGCGCACGCGCUCUCCGGUGCCACUUUGUUCAGGGAGCUCAUGCGCUCUGGAUACAUGAGUGAGCUCUUUAUUUUUUUGGCCAACUUGGCGCUAUCAAUCUCUGACAGCUCGCGCGCACCUCUCAAGAUCCUCAACCGCAAGUGUGACGAGCUUUUUUCAUUGUUGCACACGUUUAUUCAGGCUGCGCAGGCCAAUAUCCCGAUUGCGGACUUUGCGCAGGCGGCGCUCCCGGUCGAUCGACUUGUUAAGGAGUACAAUGUCGAGCCGCAGUGGGCGUUUGAGCUCUGGCGCGAGUACUGGUCGGCGGAGAUGCGGCGCGAGUGGCGUGCGCGUGGGGGUACGUCAGCGCAUGGGAGUGCGUCAGCGCAUGGGGAUGUGAGCGCUUCUGCGCCAGGGGGUGCGCCUGCAUCCGCAGAUGAAAUUUACGAGAGCGUGCUGGGCGGCUUCAGGGACAAUAUCAAGGACUUCCUGCCCGGAAUCGACUGGAACUUGCUCACUCCAGACUUUUAUUGCACAUUCUGGCAACUAACUCUCUACGAUAUCGAUUACGAAAUGCUUUCUUACUCGGAAGAGCAGGAAUCGAUCAAGUUGCGCAUUACAAACAACCGGCAAAUGCUCAAGAAUGUCGACGAUAUGCCCACAAAGGAGUACCGGAGGUUAAACUCGGAGCUCGGCACUUUGGAGGGCAUUUUGACCGGUAUUAAGUCAGAUGGUCAGAAGCACAAGAAGAAUUACCACCAGGUAUUGGAAAUCCUCGAGAAGCAAAAAAAUAAGUGGUUUGACGCGGAUGAAAAAUAUGCUGCCCAGGUUCGAACCCAGGUGUUGGAGAAUUGUGUUCUCCCGCGUGCAAUGCACUCACUUUUCGAUGCUGUGUUUGUUGGUGAGUUUAUCUUUUUGGUGCAACGGCUGGAAACCCCUGGAUACAGUUUAAUGUCUUUGCUAGGCCAGUUGUUUUGCGGGAUUUCGUUGAAAUCAGUGCUGUUUACCAACACAUCGACCGAGACCGAAAACCUGGCAAUGCUGUAUGCAGAAGUUUUUCGCAGGCUCAACCGGUGCAGGGAUGUGGAGAAUGAGUGUCGGGAUGUAUUUGGCUGGGAGGGGAAAGAUGAGGAUGAGAAUGAGAAGGAAGGGGAAGAAGAUGAGAAUAAGGAGGAUGAGGAUGAGGAUGAGAAUAAGGAGGAUGAGGAUGAGAAUAUGGACAGUAAUAAAGAGGAUGAGGAUGAGAAUAUGGACAGUGAUAAAGAGGACGAAGAUGAGAAUAUGGACAGUAAUAAAGAGGAUGAACAUGAGAAUGUGGAUAGUAAGGAAAGCACAACCACUCCAAAUGAUGAAGGUAAGAAUAACGUUGGCAUCAGAAACGGCCAUCCCAUUAAAGGAAAAGCUUCUGACAAAAAAUCGUCAUCCCAGCAAUCGUUCUUCAAACAACAAUUAUAUGAAUGGCACUGCUCCUUGUUGAAGCAGCUUAUUGAAUCGAUGCAGUCUGAAGAAUACACCACGAGGAACAAUGCUGUUGUAUUCGUGAAAGGCAUCUUAUCCAGCUAUCCUAUUAUUGACGAUCAUGCAGACAAAUUAUACGAAAAGGUGAGUGAAAUUGCAUCAAUUGAGAAGCGGGAAGACAUCAAGUUAGCCUUCAAUGCACUUCGAGGAUUGAUAAAGUCGAGAAAAGUUCACCAGUUGGCACCAUGGGAGUUCUAUGAGAUGGAUGAAACGGAGAAAAAGUUGUUGGUGGAGAAAAGGAAGCAGAAACAAGCUGAUGAGAGGAAAAAGCAGGCGGAAGAACUCCGGAUAAGAAGAGAAAAGAGUAGGAAACUUGAUCAGGAGAGACGUAAAAGAGAGGUUGAGAAGGCCAAAGUGGAGGCAGAGAAGGCAAGAAAAACAACAAUUAAGAAAACUGAAGGUUCCAGUGUGGUUCCAUAUGGAUUAGUGGGCUUGGAGACGGCAAAGCGUGCUGGAAAUGGUUCUGCAAAGAGUUUGAAGAAGGAGGAAGUUCAAGGAGAAACAACUCAAAAAGAAGCAAUACAAAAGGAAAUUCAGAAGGGAUCAGUUCGAAAAGAAUCAAUUCAAGAUAAAUCCGUUCAAAAGGAGACGGUCCAAAAGGAACCUAUAAAUACUGAAUCAAGGUCUAAUGCCAGAAUUUCAACCAACACCAAGUCGGCUGAUGAAAAAAUUCCCGCCAACAGUGUAAAGAGCACAGCGGCUAUUCCGCAUGCGCCCGCAGCCGGAGCGCAGAUGCCAGCGCAGGGCACCAGUGCGCCACCCACGAGCGCCAGCACAGUCUCUUCCAGCGCGCAUACUAGAAGCUCUUAUGCUACUGCGCGCUCGCAUCCGUCAUCUGGAGGCUCGUCACCAGGAUUAAUUCCAGUAGGUCCUAGACAGUCGUCCAGCGCCUCUUCUGGAUUGUCAAAAGACCAAACAUUGUCGGCGCCCGUGCCUGAACAUAUGCGCCGAAGCGCAGACCCUGCGGGGCGCACCGCCGGGCGGCUUCAGUCGCAGAGGAGCGCAUUUAAUGCUAGAAAUUUCGACACCAUGCAGGAACUCAAGAGUAGAAUGGAGAGAGAAAAGAGAAUUAAUGAGAAUUUGAGAAAUGGGGAUGAGGAUGGAGCGCAAAGCGAGCAGCGCAACCAGGAGCGUAAUCAGCGCCGCGGCCAACAGCGCAACCAACAGCGCAACCAACAGCGCAACCAACAGCGCAACCAGCAACGCAACCAACGGCGCAACCAACAGUCCAGUCAGCAACAUGAUCAGCAACGUAAUCAGCAGCGCAAUCAGCAGCGCAAUCAGCAGCGCAAUCAACAGCGUAAUCAACAGAACAACCAGAUUUACUCAAAUUCAUCCAGAAACGACACUGAACAGCCUUUGCCACCUCCGCCAAUGCCGCCACCUUCAAGCGCACUGAGAGAGGCGCUACCGCGCGGACCGCAGGUGCGCGAUGCGCACGAUGCGCGCUCCCCGAGCGGCUCGCUCUCUGGCCAGAAUUCCAGACAACACUCAAGAAGAAAUGAUAGAAAGAGAAGAUCCAAUCAUCACGGAAAUAGGAUGCGCAAGAGAAGACGCUGA